CGUAUGCGGUCCGAUGACAGAGAGAGAGAGAGGGAAAUAAGAACGUUUGCGCAGCGACCAAUAAUAGUCUACCAGUCUCCAAGAGUUUGAUUUCACUUCUCAUUCCAAAACCAACACGAGAUAUAACAGUUUGUUAAACCCAAGUUUUCCAACGAGAUUCCAUUCUCAUUUCCUCCGUUACCAGUGAAGUCAACAAACAUUCGCAACGAUACCUGUAUCGUAUCCCUGGGGAAUUGGAUUGCUGGAAUCAGUACAUGCCUCAGCAGGACUUUAUCAUCUUGAUAUUUUAUUGAAAGUGAUAAACUAAUCAGGACAAAAAUUAUUAUUAAAUAUAAUUUUAAUAACUGUAAUCAAGUUCUUGUUUCUUGUUUUAUCACCAAUUAGCAAGUCUGGAAAUCUUGAUACAUUGGUGAUGAGGAUACAACUUCUUCAAAGAACUCUAUAGGCAUCAAAGUCAAUUGAUCGUCAUAAUUAUGGAGAACUCAACAGCCAACAUGUCAUCUUCGGUUGAUGAUUUGACAACAGAGAUACCAGCUAACAAGGAACUGGCUGGUCACAAUCAGUUUAUCAUAAUUUCUGUCUGUUACAUCAUCAUCUGUGUCUUCGGCAUCGCUGGCAACUCGAUGGUCAUCGCCGCUGUCGCACUCUGUCGGAAACUCCAGACACCGACCAACGUGUUCGUGGUCAGUCUAGCCAUCACCGACCUGCUCUCUUGUUUGACCCUCCCAUUUCAGGUGGUCAUGUUUCUGAGCCGCGAUGACAGCACGCGUCUUCCUAACGGACUAUGUGCCUUCAUCGGAGCUAUCAGCAUCAUCUGUUUGGUUGGGAGCAUCUUAACAUUAGCUCUGAUAGCAUUCAAUCGAUGUUUCCUCAUCACACAACCAAGGAAGAGAUAUUCUUGGCUCUACACCACCAAGAAAUUAUUCGCAAUGACUGCCAUGGCUUGGUUGUACCCAACCUUCAUUCUCGUCUUGCCCCAAGCCAUGGGUGUCGGCCAGCUUGGUUACUCACCUUCCUAUCGAGCUUGUCUAUGGAAUGAAUCUCAUCCAUACGCAUUUGUGAACGAUAUCUUGGUUGCUAUCACGUUCUUAUUCACAUUCAUAAUCAUUCUCUUCUGCUACAUCAAAAUCUGGAUCUACAUCCGGCACCACGUUCGUCGUCUGCGAACCCACUCAUCUUCAAAAGUUCCCGCCAAUGAACCUAGCAACCUCGAUGACAUGAGCAGUACUCAGGAACACCAUACGGAUACCAGUGCAGGUCCGAGUCAAGGACAUGGCCACGCCCCUGCUAACGGAGGUUGCAAGCUGGAAAAGAAGAAACGAAUUAAAACAGUGAGCACGCGUGAGAUCGAGAUAACCAAGAACCUCUUCUAUGUUGUUUGUGCAUUUUUUAUGUGUAUCAUCCCGUAUACCAUCACGCUAGUACUUCCAGUAGAUCCGAUCCUAGAUCUUCUAGUUCUUUACGCAAGUAUCCCACUUGUCUUCAAUGGCUGCGUAAACCCUAUAAUAUACGCAUACAAGCACCCUACUAUGAAAGUGGUGUUUAGAUAUAUCAUCAAGUGUCAAAUAGCUUCGAUCCCUAAACCUUCGAAAUGCCUCCGCCGUGCGCUGAGCCUACAUCAGAACUCUGAGGUGAGAGGGGAUGGGCAGAUCAAGACAAUUCAUCAAAGAGAUGGUCAUCCUUCAUUUUGUAGUUUGAAGAGGGAAUCGUUCAUGAGACAAAGCUCGAACAACCCAUCUUCAAGAUCGCUUGGUAGCCUCAAUAAGCACGAUAUAUCACCAAACAGACAAAAUUCAACCAAUGCCUCCACGAGAUCAUUUGGUAGCCUCAGUAAACCCGAUAAAUCACAGAGCAGACACAACUCAGUCGGUAGUUACAAAGGAAUCACUCGCUAACACUUCCACUCCUCCAUGUAAUCGAAGACUUUUUAACUUAUUGAUAAAUAUUUGAAAUUAGCCUUCUCAGUAUGAUGUAACCAUAUGAUGAUACAGACUAAGUGCAUUUUGAAAAUUGAUAUUUCAAUUUGUGCCUUGAUACUUUUCAUGAAGCAGAUGAUGACGAUGAUUACAAGAUAUUGUCUGGCGCCAUUAUUCUGUUUAAAGACAUUAAAGAAUAAAAAAAAAUCAUAAAAAGUAGGAUCUUGAAUGUUUUUGAAGCAGGGUGUAACUCUGGAUUAAAGUUGUGAGUGCCUCGCAUGAAAACAUGAAGUCAGUAAUACUGGUCGUAUGAAGUAGCCCAUGACGCCAUCAAUAUAAUGGAUUGUAAAUAGGAUUGAUUUGUCGUUGAAUAUAAUUCAAUGUCAUGACUUUUCACAAAACAUUGAAAAGAUUUCUGUCGACAAAUUUUCUUUCGGAGCUUUGUGAUCCACAUGAGAAGGUCAAAGAACGAAGACUGUCAUGUUAGUAUUGAUUCGUGAUAAUCAUUGCAUUCGUGGUUGAAGCAAAUUAAAGAUCACAGUAGAAAUUGUCCAAAUGUUCAAGUUAUAUCUUAAUGAUCAUUAUUUGACAUUGUUCCUACCAUGGAGUUAUCAUUAGAUAAGUUGGGUACCAAUCUUCAUACAUCACAAUAAUCCAGUCUGCCUUGAACCUGCUCUAAAAUGUCUAAUUGUAGCAUUCUUUAGACCCACUUAUUGUAUGAUUGUAUUUUCCUUUGGGCUUGCCUGAUAUUGCCAUUAUAAAAUGAUGAAAAGCGGCCUAUACGCGCUAUCAUAGAAAAAUAGUCCUAGUUAUUUCUUCAAGUUUUGUUCUUAAAAAUUGUAUGUUUCUGAAAUAUUAUGGGACUUAAUUGCUUUAUUAAUUGACUAUUAUUGUAGUAAAAUUGCAUUCAGAUUAGGCACAGUUGGACCCUAGAUCGAAAAAAUCGAAGACAAAUAACACUUAAAUUUUUGUAUCGGAACACAUUGGAAAGAUUGCAUAGAUUCAUAAAUCAAGUGUGUUGCAUCAUUGAGUUUAAAAACUUUAGGCUAAAUUUGGCGCUAUUCAGCUAAGUCACUCUGAUCGCAUGCGGGCUGUUCUUUUACAGGAAGUUGAUCUCAUAGUCUCCUUGACAUAUGUACUUUUUAGAUAAUGCAUAAUUAAUCUACAGUAAGUUGUUUGUUUGUUUUAACUCCGUUUAAGUCGUUCAUGGCACGAGUAUAGUGGUUUAUUCUUUAUCAUAUUCCUUCCUCCAAGCUUGUUUACUAUACUGUGUGAAACACAAACAACUGAGCUACCACGACAUUCGCGUGAUAAUACCAGUCAAUGUAAUUUCCAAGUGUUUAUGCACGUUUACUUUUCGGUUUUCGAUCCUGUAAGCGAUGAUUAAUGUGUAAUCAUUAGUAAAAAUAUGUCACCGAAAACUUGAUAUUGCAACUUUCCCAUGCAGAUUUGGAGCCCGAUGUUUAACUAGCCAACACCGCUUGCCCGGUCCGCUUCGCAAUUAAUGGCCAAACAAGUUAAGAACACAAUUUGUAACGAUUUCUUUGGUGGCUUUCAAAAUAAAUAUCAUUUAACAUGUACGUAGAUUUUAAACCAAUAGUUGGGAUCUUGAAGAUAACACAAAUAAGGUUGAAAGUAAAUUGGAACAUUUACAAGAGUACAAACAACGAUGGAAUCGUAUCAUUAUAUUCAUACAUCAUUUUUUUAAAUUAUUCAUUGAGAUGAUAUACAAUCCCAGGGACAUAACCCUGGGAUAUUAUAUUCUCAAGCGAUGGUAAUUUCAUAUUUCCUGGUACUUUUUAAUUGCUACAUUUCUAAUCUCUCUGUAUUACAGUACUCGUAUUGUAGGUAUAACUCUUCGUUUUCAGUUUCCUCAAAAAGGGGCUUUCUACCAAUCCAGGAAUGGAACAAGUGAGAUAGUUGUCCAAUUCGAUGACAAUCUUUUCACAAUGUCUGGUCAUGGACCCUGGUCGGUCUGGUAUAUCAAUAGCAUUUCACACUACAGGCUUGGUAUCCGAUUUCGAUACCUUCAUUAUUCUGCUUUUUGGGAAAGAAUCGCGUGUUGAGGUAAAAACAGCAUUAUCCAUGCUAUCUAACGUCAAGUUUAUUAUUCUCCAAUCCUUUGUGUGACAUGCUUGAAAAAGUGUAUUUUCAUGUUUAAUAUUUUAGGUAGGAAAUGGCUCCAAUUUUUAUCUUAGUCUUAAAGUAAAAAAAUGAAAAAACACUAACGGUUUUAAGGUUGCCAAUAAAUUGAAAUAUUUGUUGCUUUAUAAAGAUUAGCUAAAUUAUUGUCAAAGCUUUUAUUAUAUAGGAAUGUGAGUUACUAACAACUAAAUACAUUUUGUGGAAAGGUAGUAGACGUAACUUAAGCUCGAGUCACACUGGGUGAACAUACUCCAGACCAACCAGAUUAUUAAGGCUUUAAUAAUAACACACCUUCGGUCAGUUAUAGGGAUUCCAUUAUGUUCAUGUGACUCUAGAAUUAUGCAUUUUUUUCAAGAUCAGGAACUCGAAAAUAUGUUUGAUGCAUUAAUUUACCCACAACAUAAUGCCUGAUGUAAUUCUUUAUAUAAUGCUACAAACAUUCAAAAGAGAUCCCAACCCAAAAUAAUAUCUUUUGACGGUCUGGGACCCUUAACGCAAAGCUUAGCAAUGAUCGUAGAACAUUUUUCUACGAUUGAUUGCAUUGACUACAAUGUACAAUCAAUCGCAAAAAUCAAGCGUACGAUCAAUCGCUAACCUUUGUGUUACGGUUUCACCGCCAUGGGCGGAAAUCCCAGGGGGGGGGGGGGGGCAGGGGGACGCGUCCCCCUACCCAACAUAGUAGGGGGGACGCAAUAUCAUAUGUCCCCCUACUAUUUUUGGUCUUUUAUGAUGGAAAGAAAUACAU